GUCAGCCCACCGAAAAGGAGGUUUCCAGUCACCGUCUGAUUUCUCCGGCCUCCGCCAAUGGAUUUGUGUUCUUGUUGACAUGCCCACUGUUUCAAAGUUUGAAAUGGAACGCAGGAAACCAGAAACCAUCAACAGGAUGAUCAAUAUAAGGAAUUUUCUUAUUAAUUUCGGCUUCUCUUUCUAUAAUCUUCAAUUUCUAGGUAAAUUUUCCUUUUAGAGAUCCUACUCUAUUAAUUUCUCUUUUUCUUGUAACGAAUUUAAGUAAUUCGAGCAUAGUUUUUUCUCUGUGUUGAGAAUUUUCUAAGGAAGAACCAAACGAAGUGUUGUAGGGGCUUCUAGGCAUUGUUUUGUGAAUGGCGGAAACGGAGGUUAGGGAUAAUAAGGAGAAGAGAAGUGAGAAAAAGCGAUGGGGUUGGGUGUUUGGCGCGUUUCUCUCGCUCCUUAUCGCAAUCGCUAUGACUGCUUGUAAUACGCAGAGGAUACCUCUCUUUGGACGAUCUGACAAGUCCUGUCACUUGGAUCAGGGAAAACAAAAGUACAUCGGGAUAGUGGAGGAUUGUCGUUGUGAUUACGAGACUGUCAACCGACUUAAUAAGGAAGUGUUGCAUUCAAUGCUUCAAGAUAUUGUUAAAACCCCAUUUUUUCGCUACUUCAAGGUUAAGUUGUGGUGUGACUGCCCUUUCUGGCCAGAUGAUGGUAUGUGCCGAUUGAGGGAUUGCAGUGUUUGUGAAUGCCAAGAAAGCGAAUUUCCUGAAUCCUUUAAGAAACCUUUUCCAUCAGAUGAUCCUGUGUGUCAAGAAGGAAAACCGCAAGCAGCUGUUGACCGUACCCUAGAAAGCAAAGCUUUUAGGGGCUGGACAGAAACGGACAAUCCCUGGACAUAUGAUGAUGAGACAGAUAAUGAUCAAAUGACAUAUGUAAAUCUUCAGCUUAACCCAGAGCGGUAUACUGGGUAUAGUGGUCCAUCAGCCAGAAGGAUAUGGGAUGCUGUUUAUUCAGAGAACUGUCCGAAAUAUCCAUCUGAUGAAUUAUGCCAAGAGGAAAGAAUCUUGUACAAAUUGAUAUCGGGUCUCCAUUCUUCUAUUUCUAUACACAUAGCUUCUGACUAUCUACUUGAUGAAGCUAAAAACUUGACACAAUCCUUAAUGAAACAGCUUCUUCAUAACUCAGAACUGCAAGCUGCAUGUCCAGUACCAUUUGAUGAAGCUAAGUUGUGGAAAGGCGAAAGUGGACCUGAAUUGAAACAGAAAAUACAAAAACAAUUCAGAAACAUUAGCACAAUCAUGGACUGUGUGGGUUGUGAGAAAUGUCGACUUUGGGGAAAGCUUCAGGUUCUUGGUCUUGGUACGGCAUUAAAAAUCCUUUUCUCCGAAAAUGGUGGGGAAGAUUUGGGUCACAGUCUAGAGUUGCAACGAAAUGAAGUGAUAGCUUUGAUGAAUUUACUCAAUCGAUUAUCGGAAUCUGUGAGCUUUGUUUACGAAAUGGGACCCACUACUGAAAGAAUUAUGGAAGGCAAUACUACUGGCUGGAGCAGCUUAUGGCGAAGGAUAUUGGCAUCAGGUAAAGCAGAACGGGAGCUCACUUCUUGCCUUCUGGCAUGAAGUAUUUAUAGUUUUAGCAAUUCGUUCAUGAAUAUCUGAGCAUAGUUGUUUUAUAUAUGGCUGACAUGUAGUAGUUACAGGGAAUGGUGAAUAGCUAGUGAGAACUCUGAAGAGAUUUCUACAUGAAGUAGGAAACAGUUAUGUGUCUUUGAAAAAACUUUUGGUCAUCUGAAAUGUACAAUAGAAGGGUUCUCCAAAUGUUAUCACCUAUUUUAUCUCUUAUAAACAUGCAAGGAGGAAAUUUUAUUUACUUGGGAGCAUAA